UUUCUCUCUGGGGGCGUGGCUUAUGGAUCCUAGCUUUCCCGCCGACGGUUGGCCACGUCACGUGACAUGGGUUGGAAGAUGGCGUCUCCCACAGACGGGGCAGAUCUGGAAGCAUCUCUGCUAAGUUUUGAAAAACUUGACCGUGCCUCACCAGACCUUUGGCCAGAACAAUUACCAGGUGUUGCUGAAUUCGCAGCUUCCUUUAAAAGUCCUAUUACUAGUUCUCCACCCAAAUGGAUGGCUGAAAUAGAACGUGAUGACAUUGACAUGUUGAAAGAACUGGGGAGCCUCACCACAGCUAAUUUGAUGGAGAAGGUACGGGGCCUGCAGAACUUGGCCUAUCAGCUGGGGCUAGAUGAGUAUGCAGAAACAGAGGCCUAAAGAUGUUAGGUGACUUGACUAAGGACAGCUACCCAGCUCAUUAAUGACAACCAGGAAUCUGAAUCAUGUCUCAUGAAGAGGGAAAGGCAAGUAACAUUUUUGAGCCUGCUGUAUUUCUUGUGUUUUCUCAUUUAAUUCUCACUAUUAUCUUACCAUAAUUAACCCUUGAAUAAUGCAGGGGUUGGGGCGCUAACCCCAUGUGCAGGCAAAAAUGGUUCAUAGAACUUUUGACUCCCCCCAAACUUAUUUACUAAUAGUUAAUUAUUGACCAAAAGCCUUACCAAUAACAUAAACAGUUGAUUAACACAUAUUUUGUAUAUGUAUUAAAUACUGUAGUCUUACAAUAAAAUAAGCAGAAAAAAGAAAAUGUUAUAAAGGAAAUCAUAACAGAGUGCCUGGGUGGCUCAGUCCAGUUGAGCGUCCAACUUUGGCUCAGGUCAUGAUUUCAUGGCUCGUGGGUUCUAGCCCCGUGUUGGGCUCUGUGCUGACAGCUCAGAGCCUGGAGCCUGCUUUGGAUUCUGUGUCUCAUUCUCUCUCUGCCCCUCCGCUGCUCACUCUCUCUCAAAAAUAAAUAAACAUUGAAAAAAAAAAUCAUAAGGAAGAGAAAAUACAUUUAUAGUACUGUAUUUAUCAAAAAUAUCCACGUGUAAGUGGACCCAUGCAAUUCAAACUUGUGUUGUUCAAGGGUCAACUGUAUUCCCAUUUGAACAGAUAAGGUGACUGAAGUUCAGAGAGCUUCCGUGAUUUGCCCACACACCUAGUUAUUUGCAAACCUGGACUAGAAGUCAAAUUUUCUGAUGCUUGAUCCAGGGGUAUCAUUGCCUCUUAGAAUAGUAAUAGCAGAUAUGUUUCUUGACUUCACUCAAAUACUCAUUUGAUAAUAUAUGAUAAUUUGCCUCUUGGGAACUUGUAAAUAAAACUCUGCCUGUGUUUAACAGUUCUUAUUUGAUACUGGACACCAAUCUAACACUUAGGAGCUUUAGGAACUCUUUAUUAUAAGCAAAAACAGAUCAGAUACCAUGUCUUACAUCUUAUGGGUGAAUAGAUUUGAGAUUCAUGAGCUAGAUAUAACCUAAGUUUUUAAUGGUAGAGAUGUCUGGAUUGAAACUCUCAGUAUUUUCUUAGAAGCAUUUUUAUCCCGUUGAGAGUGAAAUCUUAACAUAUAAAAUGAAAAUGACAUUUGGAUUCUCUGAAGUGUAAAAUGGACUUGAAAUCAUCAAGGGGUCAGUAGGAACAAAAUCGAAACCAUGUCAAUUGCAUCCUCCAUAUCUCCAGGAAAAAAAAAAAGUGCCUCUUAACUUUGAUUUCUUGACAGGUCUCAGAAUUUCAAAAUCAUAUAGAGCUAAUUUGGUUGUAGCUUCAUCCUACAAAGAGGUACAGAGAUUAGUAUUGACUUGUGUAUAACUUUGUUGAUACUCUUGGUUUGGUUCAGACAUGUAGAAGUUAGCUGGUAAAAUCUGUGUUCUGCAUUUCUGCUUUGCAGAGAGAUCUUGUAAAUGUUUGGGUUGAUGUUUUUUAAACCUGCUGGUUUCAUCUAACUAUGUUGGAGGAAAUGGAAGAAUGUAGCAUGUGAUGGACUCUUCCUUUUUUUCCUUUACAGAGGAUUUUGUAGGCUUAUAGAAUAGGGGAGCCAACCGUUAACUCACAUUCUAGUCUUUAAUCAUGUGGGAUCUGUAAAUCUCAUUAUUUAAGAAAUAGACAUUAUUUCUUUAGUAUUUUUCUGAUUUACUCUAUUGGAAUAAGAGUUACACAUUAGUUAGCACUUAUAGAUUCUGGUAAAGUCUAGGAUUUUUGAUUGUGCCUUUUUCCCCCCUUUUUGUUUUUUUUCCUCCCCUCCUGGAGCCUUAGUGACUAGAGGAAUGUAAAACAUAAAAGUUGAGUGGUUUAAGGCAGUGCUAAAGCUAAAGCACAUGUUAGCUCAUGCUGAGAUGGUUACCUAAGAGUAUGGACCUUUAAGCUCAGUCCACUACUGAAAAACAAGUAUCACCAGAAGUAAUGCUUAUUCUAGUAUCAAACAUAACAGUCCUUUAAAAUCUCCUUUGGAAUGUUGAAAAGAGAUCAAAUGAAACCGUCAGAAUGGUUAUUUAUUGAGGACGAAGAACCCUCCAAUUUCAUUCACCCGUUGUAGCUCCACUUUCUCAUUUUAAUGCUCGGUCCACAUCGGUGAUGGUAAAAGAGGUCCUGUACCUGCAGAGAUGGCGGUGGGAGAAGGGACAUCACCUUUCCAUUUACUGCUUGUUGCAAUUUGGCCUGUUUACAGACAGAACUGCUUCAUGGGUGCUUCUGGUAGAGAGCAAAGGAAAGCAAGGUAGCAGCAAGAAGUCAGCAUUUACGCAUGACCAGUGAAUUGGCUAAUUUUUAACAUGCAGUUAGUUAAGAAAUGAUUACAGCCUGAGGAGUCAUGACCUCAACUUUUCAUCAGCUCCAUUGGAUUGUGCCUCAGUUUGGAAAUGAAGGAGGUAUGCGGGAAGUUUUAAUUGUACCUGUGUGAUUUAUCCCUAGUCAGCUCUUUAAUUUCUUCUGGCUGUCUGAGGUUUCCGACAUGCUGUAAAUUUCCCCAACUUUUUCAUUAUCUGCAAUUUCUUUAUGACUUGUGAAUCGGAGUGGAGAGAGAGUAUGGAUUUACAGCGGAGAUAAACAUGUCCAUAAAGUCUGUAUCUGUGUCAGUAAUUGUACUGCUGUCAGUGACUGUCCUGUUUUACAGGCCUCUCUUGGGAAAGGAACAGGCUUCACUACCAGCAGCACUGAAAUGCUUGCUUUGAUUUGCAUUAACUUGCUGGGAGACUAGGUAGGAAUGGUGGGAUAGGAAUUGAUACUGGACCUUGGCCUCUUCUUUGUUUAAAGUCAGAUGACAUUGUGUUGGAUAACUGUGUAUUGAAAAUAGAACAUAGACAACCUUUGCUUCCUAAGUGAAAUGCAACUUUAUUGAUACAGAUGUGAAAAAAUCUCUUCUAAGUUCAUGUGCUUUUAAGAUGACUUCCCAUCCAUCUUUCCAUUUAUCUUUUAUUUGAAUUAAAACACAGGAUGUCUCUUUCAGAACACUCAGCCCUCAAGAGUGGGGCAGCUAGAGUUUUCAUGACGUUCCAGAUUUUCCAUCUGCCAUGUCUUAAUUCUCAGCUGGCAAUGUCUCUUUGCUGAUUGCUUGAAGUAGGGUGCACUCAACCAUUUGCCGUGAGAAAGGAAGGCUUAAAACAGAGACAAAUUCUUAAUAUUCCGUCUUUAAGGACGCUUCAGGAUUUCUCUAGUGUUUCCUUAGAGCAAUUGUGAAAGAAACCAAAGAGAACCCUUUAAAAAUAGGUGGAGAAGCAAACACACAGAAUUUUCUUCUAGUACGUUUGACACUGGAGCACACCCCUCAAGAAUCAAAACUGUCCUUGUGUACCCUGAACCCUCUGCAAGGUAGUUUAAAAGAGUAGUAGGUGGCGGUACAGUUCAGCAAAGAGAGGAUAAGAUGCAGGAUAAAUCUCAGUCCUUAGUCAUCCCACACGUCCAAGUAAUGUGGAGAGUUUUCUAGUUGAUUUUUCCAAACCUUUAACUUCUCUUCCUUCUUCUGCUUGCAUUCUUUUUGCCAUCUUUCUACUAGUAGAUGGGAGAGGGAAGAUUAAAGGAGAUGAUAUGAUACAAGAUUGUUUGGCUUCUUUCCAGAAGCUGUGGUGAAAAAGUAUGGCUAGAGAAAAUUAUAGCUAAAAUGAGAUGUGAAAUUAUCUGUGUUUUUGAUUCUCUGUCUCUCCUGUUGCCAUAAUAGAGUUUCUUCUUACUCAGCAAAGGGUCAACUACUUUCUUUGGGUGAGAGAGAGAAGUUGCUGAGGCCCCUUUGGAAGUCAGCCCUUGCCUUUCUUUAGACUAGGAACCCUUUGUCACUCACUCUCUUCUUUCCCAUCACACCUAGCAGUGCUCCUCAUGGAGUAAGUUACAUCGUUAACCUGAUUCAAGUUUGGGAAAACUUCUAGUAUAUGGCUUACUAGGUCUGGUUUAAAAAACAUACACAAUAACCUGAAAACCAAACAAACAAAGCCACAAUUUAACUUGGUGCUGUAGCUUCCAGUUUCGUUUUAUGAACUUAAAAAGUUUUCUUUAAUGAAUGCCAUAUUGGAAAUGUUCAACAUCCAUUUUUGGUGUAGACCUUUAUUUUUCCUUUUGUCUUUUAUCCAUUUUAUACAAGCUGGUUGUCAGCACAAGUUUGGGCUAAGUUAAGGACUUUCACCUAUAUGCCUGCUCCAUUAGAAGGAGAUAGCUCUGUAAAAAUAGGCUUUUUUUUUUUUUUAAGUUUGUUUAUUUUGAGAGAGAGAAGAAAGAGUGUGUGGGGGAGGGGCAGGGCUAGAGGUAGACAGAGGAUCCCAAACAGGAUCUGUGCUGUCAGCACAGAGCCCAACAUGGAGCUCAAUCCCAUGAACUGUGAGAUCAUGACCUGAGGUGAAAUCAAGAGUCAGACAGAUGCUUAACCAACUGAGCCACCCAGGUACCCCUAGAGUAAUAAAUAAGCUUUCUGAUUGCUCAGAUUGAGAGGCUUGUUAUCACUAAGACUAUUAUUGCCUCCUAGAAAAUAGUUUUAUAGGUGGGGAGAGUAUAGUGCACUAGCUUCCUGUGCAAGGGAAGCACUUUUCUUCUGGUUGGAGAGAAAAUAGUUCAUGGUUGUCUGCUUCUGUUUCUGCUGCUGUCAGCUGUCAAAUUCAGUAAAAACAAGGGUCUAAUUAGCCAACAGUCUCAGUGUUGGAGGAUAAUAGCAUUGACAAAGAAGAGAGCAACACAAUAAAAGAUUAUUUGAAUAUGAAUUUGUGUACCUGCUCUUCACUGAAAUGGCUCCACAGUGGGAAUUGAUAACUUUGUAUUAAAGGGUUAAUAAACAAAGACACUGGACAGUGAUUCCAGAACGUGUCUCCAGAUUGAAAAACGACUGGCAUUUCUUCCUCACUGUCCUUAAUCAGGCUGAGAAUGGAAUCCAAGAGUAGCCAGGCUUGAAACUAAAGGGAGGGCUGGAGUAUUGAUCUGUUAACUGCUUGUAGAAGGGAUCAUUCUUGGGUGAAAAUCCUCAAGUGGUAGUUUAGUUUUUAAGAUCCCAGACUUCCUUGGCUCCAUAUAGAUUAAAAAUAGCUUAUUUCAGAUUAUCAAGUAAAAGAAUAUGAAUGCCACAAAUAGGUCAGGGAAGAAGCUCCUCUUCACUAACUUAGGAAGAAAUGCCGUUAAGUCUUUUCCUCCUGCAGUUCAUCUUUGUAUGAAAACAUUUUAAAUACCCCGUAAGCCUCCCCCGACCACAUACAUGCAUACAUAUAUGUGUAUGUGUAUGUAUGUACAUGUACGUGUGUGUGUGUGUGUGUGUGUGUGUGUGUUUAAAUUUUUAUUUCUCCUUGAACUAUUUGGAAGUAAGUUUCAGGUAUGAGACACUUCACCCCUAAACACCUGAGAACACAUCUUCUAAGAAUAAGGACAGUUUCCUGCAUAAUACUGCUUACGUCCUGUAGCUGCAAAAUAUCUAAUAUCCUUUCACAUUCAGAAUUCCUCAGUUGUUCCAAAAAUUUUGUGUAGUUUUUUUUUUUUCUUUUUAAACCAAGAUCCAGUCAAGAUUCAAGCAUUGCAAAUGUCAGUGCAUUCUUGGUAGAACAUUUAGUACUAAAUUCUACACACCAGCUCUUUUAAUAAAUAUUUACCAGAGGCACCUGAGUGGCUCAGUUGGUUAAGCGUCUGACUUCAGCUUAGGUCAUGAUCUCACGGUUCGUGGGUUUGAGUCCUGUGUCAGGCUCUGUGCUGACAGCUCUGAGCCUGGAGCCUGCUUGAGAUUAUGUGUAUCCCUCUCUCUCUGCCUCUCCCCCACUCAUGCUCUGUCUCUGCCUCUGUCUUUCUCUCUCUCAAAAGUAAAUAAACACUGGGGCGCCUGGGUGGCUCAGUCGGUUGGGUGUCCGACUUCGGCUCAGGUCACGAUCUCGCGGUCCGUGAGUUCGAGCCCCGCGUCGGGCUCUGUGCUGACUGCUCAGAGCCUGGAGCCUGUUUCACAUGCUGUGUCUCCCUCUCUCUCUGACCCUCCUCCGUUCAUGCUCUGUCUCUCUCUGUCUCAAAAAUAAACGGUAAAAAAAAAAAAAAAAAAAGUAAAUAAACACUAAUAGUAAUAAUAAAUAUUUACCAGUUUUUUCCUAUGGUGAACAUGUAUUUACUCAAAUGACUGUCAUUUUCCUUUAGAAUAUUGAAUUUCAAGCUCCCUCUAUAGGGGGGCCGGCUUUAUCAAGCUUCUUUAAUCUGUUUCUGGUAUUCUCCCCUUCUGCUAACCAAAUUAGCUGUAGAAUUGAUCUCUCUCCAAUAACUACUCCAUUCUGCAGUCAGAGUAAUGUUUUUGAAACACAAUUGACAUGUGACUUUAUUCCCUUCUUAAAGCCCAUCAAUGGCUUCCCAAUUGCUCUUCAGAAAAAAAUAAGAAAUCUUUAACUUGGCCUUGUUGCUCUGUGUGAUCUGGCCUUUCUCACACCAUGCACAUCUCACACCAUGCUUCUCUCUCUUACCAUGGGUUCUACAAAUUCCUCGUGAGGCAAAAAUGAAGUAACGAAUCCAUCCGGGGAACACAUCUUGGGAGAGAUGAAGCUUGGAAGUACACCUUGAUGGCUAAUAUUUGCAUAUGAGAGGAAGGAAGACACUUCAGACUGGAAGCAGUUUUUGAGUAUGGGUUGGUUAGAGUACUAGAAAGUGUGGAGGAGCUAAAUUGGAAGACCUGAAGGACCAGGCUGAGGGAUCAUUAGAAGUCUGAUAGCUACCUCCAAGGAGAAUUGAAGGGUGUGAUGAUGGGUCCCAGAGACUAGCUAGGAAGCUGUUGCAGUCUAAGAAUACAGUGCUGCUUAUAUUAGAUAGGACAGUGUGAAUGCAAAAGACAGGACAGUUGAGAGAUAUUGGGGAGGAAAAAUAGGUAUUAAAUUGUAACAAACUGGAAGGACACAAGAGUCAAAAUGAUUUUAAGAUUUUAAGCCCCUGUGACCAGGAGAAUACAAUUCAGGCUGGAAGUGGGGUACAGAGUGUCAAGGCAUCAUCGAAGUGAAUUACGUAAGCACCUAUCACUAUUAUAAGCUAAAAGAUUCUGGAUAUCAAGUCUGUUAGUUAGGAUAAGGUUCAACUAUGUGAACUGUGGCUUACACAGAGUAGAACUCUUUUCCACAAAAAGGAAGGCUGGAGGUUGACAGGCCCAGGCUGGUAGGACACAGUCAGAGUGUCAUCAAGGACCAAAGCUUCUUUCUUUCCACUCCACUUUCUUAGUGGUUUUCAGCUAAAGGAUACCUCAAAAUACAGGGUGACUACUAGAGCUCUAGCCAUCAAGCCUGAGAUGUAGGCCAGGAGAAGGUAGGAAAGAAGAAGGGCAAAGGGAGGUGGGGGGGGGGGUCCCACACAGCUGACUUCUUUUUUUUUUAAGCAGCUUUCUAGAAGUGCCAUAGAACUUAGUUGUCUGCACCAACCUAGCUGCAAAAGACUGUCAUCUUUUAUUCUGGGCUAUGGUUUUGCUGGCUAGAAAUUAAGGGUUUUGUUAAUAAGGAGGAAGAGAAUAAUAGGUAUUGGGAUAAGCAAUCAACAUUCUCGGUCACAGGUUAACAAGACACCUGUGCAAGAGCAAUGACUGGUCAGUAGAAGUAGAAGAAUGUGAGGUGAUGGCCAUGUUGAGAAAGCUCAGAAUUAGUGAUUUUAGAGGUGUAUGAAUGGUUGUUCAUCUGUGAAUUAGGCUUCAUUCUUAUACUUUACUGAUUAUGUUGUAUGAAUUAUAAACAAAAGUUAGGGAUUGAUUGUGUUUUCUUUACCAUAUGGUAUGCUUGGUAUUCCAAAAGUCAGUAAAUUCAUACCCAUGAGUCCUUUUAAGGGAUCUUGCAGAGCUUUUCUGGGGGGUGGGGUGGGGACGGCUAUUUUUCCAAGGAAGUAAACAGAAAAAUCUCAGCUUUUUAAAAAAUCUUUAGGAGGCAGACCACUCAAGAAAUGGUGAGCUUUUAGUAGUGACCCUUUUUAUGGUCAGUUUAUUAAUAUGUAUACCUACUAAGUAGGUUCUGAGUAGAUAUUUCUAGUUAUGAAGUGAAAUACUUGGUUCUCUGAUUUCCAUAUAUUUAUCAAAGCAGAUUCUAAGAGAUUUAAAAAAAAAAAAAAAGAUUGUUUCAGUAAAAUUUUCUUUCAUGCAGUUAGCCUGGCCUAGUGAUAGUGAAUCCAAGCGCUGAUUUUUAUUUUUGCUGUGUCUCACGUAGCCUUGAUUAUAAUAGGGCAUCAGUGUUGUUGAGUGGGUGGUUGAGUUACUUCUGAAGCCCAAUAUGAUGUAAGCUCUGGUAAUAUUUAGAAGUUAAAGGCAGUCUUUAUUGUUUAACAUAAUCAAAUUUACUUUAUAGCCAGUAAAAAACCUUUAAUAUCUUUUAUUAAUAUAUAAUUAUAUUAUUAGUAUAAUUAUAUAUUAAUAAAUUACAUAUUAAUAUAAGCUAUAUUUACAAUGGCUUGAUUGCUAGUUUUAACAAAAACUAACCCCAAGAAUACCUUUCAGCAAAAUACAUGAAAAUAGAGUCAUUUAGAAGCAUUUUCUGAAAACUUAACCCAAAAUGCCAAAUAAAUCUUUUAGGUUUAUGCUGCUUAGAAUAGUAAAACUUGCAUUUUACUUAAUAUUUAAAGAUGACUUCUUAGCACUUUGUCUAUUGCAGAAUGUGCAUGAUUUUGCCCUACUUCUGGUGACUGGAUUCUCAUCCUUUCAAUAGGAUCAAUAUUAAGCCAGCCUUCUUUACCUCCUCGAUCCAUAUUAAACCUGUCUUGGAAAGAGUUUGUUUAUUGGAUAAUAUAGCUACACCGGGGCUCUAUGACAAUAUCUUUUGCUGCCUCAUUAACUCUGGAGCAUUAGAACAAGAUAAAAAUGCCCUAAAGCCUCUUAUCUGAUGUCUGGUGUAACCUGCUGAAAGCAGGAGCGCCAUUAGUUUAUGUUAGAAAUCAAAUGGCCCUCUCCAGUGCAGGAAGUACUGAUUAAACCUGAAGUGUCCCUGGAGGACUCUACAGCUGUCACAGGGGUGGUGGCUGUCCCUCACCAAAAGAGAAAUCUGGGCCAGAGGUCCCAGGGGGGUGGUGCUUUAAGAACUAGCACGUGGCUGCCCCAGCUGUUCUGCUUUGCCUAAUGAAUUGUUUUACAAGAAGAGGCUGGGUAUUGUCAUCACAAGCUGCCUUCCUUAGAGACGGGAGCAGGCCAAAUAAUAAGUAAUGUUAGUGAUGGUAAUUGAAAUGUGAUGGCUCUCCUGGGACCAUCACAGCCCUAGAGCUGGUUGGCACUUGUGGAUUCUUGUCCUACCAAGGCCCUAUUUGAAGUGUGCCUUAUUUUUUUUUUUUUCAGUUACAUAAUUGUGAGUUUUUUUUUCUCUCCUCCUCACUAUAGAAAUUCAUUGACAGAAGCAGUCUUAGGAACAUUACAGUAGUGGCUUUAAGUACAAAAAGAACAGCUUUGACUUUUUCAUUUAAAUUAUCAACACUGCAACAGUUAAGGACUACCACAUAUUCUUAGUCUCUUGGAGAUCACUGCAGAAAUCUCUCUAGGCUACACUUUUGAUUUAAAAAUUUUUUAAAUAGCGUAGUAGGAUAUAAAGUGGAAAGUAAAAACCUUGCUUGCUGAACUUACCAGAGGUAACCACCAAAACAUUUUCUAUGCAUAAUCAAGUUUAUUUAUGUUACCACAUACAGAUGAGAUCAUAAUAUAUGUACUGUUUUGUGACUUACUUUUUCACCCCACAAUAUAUCUUGGAUAUCUUUCCACAGCGAUACAGAUAGAUCUACCCCAUUGUUUCCUAAUUGCUGCAUAGAAUUUUAUUGUAUUGAUGUACCAAUUCUAGACUCUUACUGGAUAGUUUGACCUGGACCCGUGGGUGGAUAUUUAUUGUACCAACUGGUUGCACUCAUUGAUUUGUAUUCUAUGGUUCACCCUCUCACAUCAGUGAUUUUCCUUUCUUCAGGGAUGUUCCAGGACAUUUAAAAUAGGUAACAGUGGAGGUAAAACUUUUGGAGAGGGAUAGUGUGAGUCUUGUCAUAGACCACCAGCUGGACAUAUGUGUAGUGAUAUGUGCCCUACUGCAUAUUUUAAGUUUUUUGCUUAGUCCAGAUAGGUGAGGAAAACAAAUAGACUUUAAUGGGUGUUGUCUAAGGCAUCGACUGGAGGCUUCCUCUCAAAUUGAAUGAGUGUUUUCUUCCCUAAUUUUCUACUUCAGAUGUUCCAAGUAUCAAAUUAUGAAUGCAUUAAUGGACUUGGGAAAUGAUUUGUCAGCACGUGAAAAUGAGGACUUAGGUUUAUUGUGUUAACAGCUUGGCUAACAAAGCAAGUUUGUACCUUGUGAACUUUAGGGGCCUUGCUGGGAGUGGCAGUGUGAUGAAUGAAGCAAAGCAAUUUUCCAAGAAUAUUUCAGGUCAGUGACGGAAGAAAUCACUUGUCUUCUUGGGUAAACCAGAACCUAAUUUUAGUUGCAUCUGCCUUCAAUAGGACCUUUGCAAAUUGAUAGAAAUUGGCACUUCCAUCUAAAAUGGGAACAUUAUGUGUCUUUUAACUGAAAGCCCUUUAGUCUCAUUUUCUCACCUCUUCAAAGUUCUGAUUUGCCCAAUCGUUAUUGAAGAGAUGUCAUACUUCUAAGUUGUGAAAUGCCAACUAGUUUUGUUUCAAGUUUCUUCUACAGUGUUUUCCUCUCCUUGAUGCAUUCGAAUUGAUGCACGAUGCUUAACUUAAUAAUUGGAGGCUAUUAAUAACAGUUACUAUUUAUACAUGAUUUACCUCUUGUACAAACCUUCAGUAGAUUCUUGGGACAUAUGGGUGUAUACCGAGAUUUCAGGGGCUCUUGUGGGCUAUUGGAGAUUCUCUAGACUCAUGCUGUUCAGAAUGGUAGCCACUAGCCACAUGCCAUUUAAAGUUAAAUUAAUUACAAGAAAAUAAAAUUAAUUUAAUUUCUCAGUCACACUAAUAAAUGCUUAGUAGCCAUGUGCAGCUAGUAGCUACCACACUGGACAGCACAGAGAACAUUUCCAUUAACAUUACUCUAAAGGUUGGCGAACUAUAUAGCCCACAGCCUGAUUUUGGGUUCCCUGUGAACAAAGAAUGGUUUUUACAUUUUUAAAGGGUCAUAAAAUAAAACAAAAAUCAGAAAAAUAUGAGACAAAGACUGAGUGUGGCCUGCAAAGCCUAAUGUAUUUACUACCUGGUCCUUUAUAGGAUAAGUUUGCUGACCCUUUGACCUGUGCCUCCUUCUCUUAAUAACAUUUCAGCUUUCUGAUCAAGUUAAGGUUAGGGGUUUCCCUAAGCCAUCAGAAGAUUGUGAAUCUAUUAAGCAAAUUAGGCAAAUUGAGGCACAAAGUUUUUUACUGUAGAUAGACCACAGAAUGAGUCCAGAGCUUACACAAAUCAGUUCCCUGGAGCUAGCACAAGUGGGAUGAGCUUUGAAAUAGGUAAAAUUCUUUGUAGUAUAAAUGAUCAACUUGCAACCGCUUUUUGAAUAAUACCUACAGUGUAACAGAACAUUCUGAUUUUGUACACUAUUUUGUGACUUUUAAGUAUUCCUCCUCCCAUCUUACUCUGAAAGAAAUAGAAUGAGUACAUUUCAACAGAUGCACUUGACCUUUCAACAAAGAAUUUACCAUGAAGAUUUUUAACUGUUCAAAUAAUUUGAAUUGUCAAAUUAUUUCACCCAGUCUCUCCUUGGAAGAAUGAAGCAGAAAGAUGCUUCUGCUGGUAUUCUCUACAUCUGAGAGAUAAUCUUCCCUUGCCAAAUGUAGCUAGCAGUUUCUCAUUAAAUGUAAAGCUUAUGAAAUCUGCUAUAAAAGUGAGCAUCUGGCACUUCUGUGGAAAAUUAUAGAGUCAACUUGUUGCUGUCAAGAUAGGACCUUGGUAUUCAUGAGUGGACUUUGUGAUUUCCCAAGUUUGUGCUAACCUAUACUAUUUUUCCUCUAAAAUGCAUUAAGGUUCAUUUGAAAAAAAUUAAGGUAUCCCUUUGGCUUUUUGAUGUGAAUUAUUCCAUAAUUAGAAAUAACUCAAGUAGUGCUCCCACUAAAAUAAAUGUUAUACUACAAUACAUUGAAUUAUUGGUAGAAGCAUUAAUUUGAACUUGCCUGAAUCUUCAGAUUUAAGAUAGUGAUAUCACAUUAUUAUGGAUUGUGUGAUGAGAUCAUGAAGCGUACUGAACCCCAGAAAAAGUCACAUUUCAACAUUAGCCUUGUCAAAAAAAGCAAGUGGUAAAGGAGAUAAGGAAGAGAAUUGUGAGAUAGUAGAGAGGAAACCUUCAUGAAGUAUAGCUUCUUUUUCUUUUUAAUGUUUAUUUAUCUUUGAGAGAGAGAGUGUUAGCAGGGGAGGGGCAGCAAGAGAGGGAGACACAGAAUCUGAGCUUUCAGCACAGAGCCCAACACACGAACCGCGAACCGCGAGAUCAUGACCUGAGCUGAAGUCACACGCUUAACCGACUGAGCCACCCAGGUACCCCGAGUAUGACUUCUUUCUAAAGGACAGUAAGAAUGGUAGCUAUGUUUUGCUUUUAUUCACUGGUACAAAAUCAGUGAAAAUUUUAUUACUUAAGGUUGUAUUCAUUGAUCAUCACUGGUUAUGGUUUCUAGUAGCAAUUUCCCAAGGUAGAACUUUGACUAAAUUUAUGGAAACUCCCCAGAUUUGUUCUAAUCUUUCAGUGCCAUCCUCUUUGCCAUUCUUUUUUUUUUAACUUUAUUUAUUUUUUAGUAAUCUCUACAUCCAAUGUGGGGCUCAAACUCAAGGAUUUCGAGAUCAAGAGUCACAGGCUCUUCCAUCUGAGGCAGCCAGGUGCCCCCUCUUUGCUAUUCUUUGCCAAAUCAUCUCUAAGUCUUCUUGUUCUUUCAGUUCUUCCAUGUCACUUUUAUGUGUGCCCUCCAAACCUUUGCCAUCCUCUUGUCUCACUAGUAUUAAUAGCAUACUCCUCUUCAUUGCCUGUGAAAAUAAGCUGCUUGAAGCCAUACACUGCCUUCUUAUAAGGCAUGCUAAGUAAGAAUCCAAAGGUCACCCAGUCUCCAGUAAGACAUCCCAUAAUAUUUUUUUAAUAUUUAAAAUUUUUUUAAAUAUUUAUUUAUUUUUGAGAGAGAGAGAGACAGAGUAUGAGUGAAGGAGGGGCAGAGAGAGACGGAGACACAGAAGCCAAAGCAGGCUCUGGACUCAGAGCUGUCAGCACAGAGCCAGACAUGGGACUCGAA